UCGGGAUUUGUCACAAACUUCGCUGCGCUGCGUAAACAAACGAUUUCCGAACGACAAAUUUAUUUUCUAUUCUGUUUAGCGCGAAAUUUAUAUUAUUCAAGACGAUUCGAAGUUACAAGCAUUCAUUCCAGUUCCGUGCAAUCAUUUUCAUAACAUACGAUCAAUAUGUUGGGCCUGCUAGCAUAUACAGGUGGAAGCAGCAGCAGCAGCGAUGAUUCGGAGCAGGAAGAAUCAGAAAGCGGUCGGACGAAAGGUUCAAGCAAACCCAAUUCCACCCCAAAGGAAGACGAAUUGAUACAUUUGAAAUCUGCAGUGGACAGCUCCCUAUCAGUGGCGAAAACGUUGCAAAUAUGCGCCGCCCCAAUGGUGGUUCCAACGGGUCAGGUAGAGGUAUCACGAGUAGUUGCUCCAAAUAUGAAGGAGCUAAACUACAAUCCGAAAUACGAGGAGCUUUUUGCACCGGUUGCGGGACCCACGAACCCUUUCCUGACGGAGCAGAUGAAGGCACCGAAAAACAUGCUGACGGGAUUCGUGGAAACUGCACACAUUAGCGAAUUCCAAUUCGAAAAUCAGCGCAAGACCUUCCACAGCUAUGGGUAUGCGUUGGAUCCAUCCGUGGAUGGAGGAAGCGCAGCGCCAGUCGGAAGCGACGAAGGACCCAGCUAUGUUGGACAUUUGCAAGCAGCCUAUGAUACCGACGGGAAGACGGUGUUUGAGUCGUCCAAACCGAAUCGAUUGGGUGACAAAAGAAAACGAUUGAAAAACGAUAACCCAGAGGAUGUGGAAGGGUUCCUAGGGCCAUGGGGUAAAUUUGAGAACGAGGAAACUGUCGCUCGCCCCAAUGAUCAGGAACGAGCUGAAAUCGAGGAAAUGAUGGCGAAAAAGCAGCGACGGAAUCGUAUGGUUGAAGAUAAACCAAUCGAGGAGAAAUCGGUGCUCCAUAUUAAGGAUUCGGUUGACUAUCAGGGAAGAUCAUUCCUGCAUCCGCCUCACGAUGUGGGAGUCAAUCUGCGGAAGAGUGGAGCGCCCGAUCGAUGCUUCCUUCCGAAGGCUCACAUCCACACCUGGACAGGGCAUACCAAGGGGAUUUCUGCUAUUCGAUGGUUCCCAAAGUCUGCUCACUUACUGCUGUCGUGUAGUAUGGAUGCCAGAAUCAAAAUAUGGGAGGUUUACAACGAACGGCGGUGUGUGCGAACGUAUUCGGGCCACAGACAAGCCGUACGUGACGUUAGUUUCAACAAUCGUGGCGACAAGUUUGUUUCCGCCGGAUAUGAUCGAUACUUGAAGCUCUGGGAUACGGAGACAGGAGAUGUGAUAUCGAGGUUUAGCUCGCGGAAAAUUCCCUUCUGCGUCAAAUUUCACCCGGACUACAACAAGCAGCAUCUGUUCGUGGCGGGAACGUCUGAUAAGAAAAUAAUUUGCUGGGACACUCGCAGUGGAGAAAUCGUCCAGGAGUACGACCGACAUUUGGGUGCCGUCAACACGAUUACCUUUGUGGACGAGAACAGACGGUUCGUUACCACGUCUGAUGACAAAAGUUUACGCGUCUGGGAAUGGGACAUUCCGGUGGAUAUGAAGUAUAUUGCCGACCCUACGAUGCACUCGAUGCCUGCGGUCACCCUUUCGCCCAACGGAAAGUGGCUCGCCUGCCAGAGCUUGGACAAUAAGAUUGUUAUUUUCUCCGCCAUCAAUCGGUUCAAAAUGAAUCGGAAGAAGACCUUCACGGGCCAUAUGGUGUCGGGAUACGCGUGCAAUUUGGACUUCUCGCCGGAUAUGAGUUACCUUGUCUCUGGUGAUGGCGAUGGCAAAUGUUAUAUCUGGGAUUGGAAGACAACUAAGCUGUACAAGAAGUGGCAAGCGCACGAGAACGUAUGCAUCGCAGCACUGUGGCAUCCGCACGAAGCCAGCAAACUCGUGACGGCAGGAUGGGAUGGAGUUAUCAAAUAUUGGGAUUGAAACAUUUAUUAUUUUUUGUUUGAAUAAAUCAUGACUACCAAUGUUGCAACUUCCA